AUGAUCACCAAAAUUCUAGACAUAAACUCCCCUCAUGACUCCCUACAGGAGAAUGAAGACAUCAAUGAGUGUAUGUCACCCAGGAGGAUGGACUGCGGAAAACUUGCAGACUGCUACAAUGUGGAAGGGAGCUACUACUGCGCGUGCAUCCCAGGAUUUGGGCUCACUUCUGGGGCUAAACGUUUCCAGAAUAAGAGUGAGAACACAUGUCAAGCUGCAUGAAGACAAUGUCAGUAGAGCCCCAGAAUCUGUAAAAGCCAUGGCAUCUGCUUCAACCCUCCAGGCAGCUACAUCUGCCAGUGCCCACCUGGCUUUGUGCUCAAAGCAGAGGACUUGAAGCUGUGCACGGUUAGAGACGUGAAUGAAUGCACCUCUGGACAAAACCCUUGCCACAACUCCACCCACUGUCUCAACAAAGUAGGUAACUAUGAGUGCCGCUGCCGCCCGGGCUGGAAGCCGAUCCCCGGGUCUCCUAACGGCCCAAACAACACCAUCUGUGAAGACACGGAUGAGUGCAGCUCCGGGCAGCAUCCAUGCCACGAGUCUGCUGUCUGCGUCAACACACUGGGCUCAUACACAUGCCACUGCAGCCCGGGCUGGAAGCCGAAAGUGAGGGUCCCAAACACCCAAAAGGGCCCUGUCUGUGAAGAGAUGCCCUUCACCCACUGGACCCUGCUCUCAGGUGUCAACAGCCAGAGUCUCUCUGCCUUCUUUAACAAAAUUCAGGAUCUGGGCAGAAACUUCGAGUCGGACUCAGCCAAUGACACCAUCAAGGACCUCAUACAGCUGGUGGAUGAGCUGCUGGAGACCCCUGGAGAUCUGGAGACCCUGCCCCGCUCACAGCAGCACUGUGUGGCCACUCACCUGCUGGUUGGCCUGGAGGAUGCCCUGAGAAGACUGAGCAAGAACCUGCCCGAUGGGCCGUUGACCUUCAAUUUCUCUACAGGCACAGAACUGUCCCUGGAAGUACAAGACCAAGGAGACAGGAAUGUCACCUUGACUCAGAAUCAGGCAAAGAUGCAGCUGAACUGGAAUCUGGCACAGAAACCUGGUGACGCAGGCCGUUCUGUGGUGGGCCUCGUGUCCAUUCCAGGGAUGGGCAAGUUGCUGGCUGAGGCCCCCCUGGUCCUGGAGCCUGAGCAGCUAGCAGCUCUGCAUGAAACACACAAGGGCUGGAGGCAGGAUGUCCCCCCCGUCCUGCUCUCAGACGUCACCUCUGCCUUUCUGAGCAACAAGAACACCCAGAACCUCAGCUCCCCAGUUACUUUCACCUUCUCCCAUCAUUCAGUGAUCCCUGGACCAAGGCAGAAGGUAUUCUGUGCCUUCUGGGAGCAUGGCCAGAGUGGAUGUGGACAUUGGGCCACCACAGGCUGCAGGACGGUGGACCCCAGAGACAACAGCACCACCUGCCGCUGCACCCACCUCAGCAGCUUUGCCGUCCUCCUGGCGCACUACGAGGUGCAGGAAGACCAGCCGGUGCUGAACUUCAUCACCUACAUAGGGCUGAGCCUCUCCCUGCUGUGCCUCCUCCUGGCAGCCCUCACCCUCCUUCUGUGCAAGGCCAUCCAGAACACCAGCACCUCACUGCACCUGCAGCUCUCCAUCUGCCUCUUCCUGGCCCACCUCCUUUUCCUCACUGUGAUUGAUCUAACCAAACCCAAGGUGCUGUGCGCCAUCAUCGCAGGUGCCCUACACUAUCUCUACCUGGCCUCCUUCACCUGGAUGCUGCUGGAGGGCCUAAACCUCUUCCUCACUGUGCGGAACCUGAUGGUGGCCAACUACUCCAGUGGGAGCAGAGUCAUGAGGAAGCUCAUGUUCCCUGUGGGGUAUGGAGUCCCAGCUGUGAUUGUGGCCAUUUCUGCAGCAUCCAGGCCUCACCUUUAUGGAACAUCUUCCCGGUAAAUACAACU